AGCUUGUAAAAUAUCCCUAGUCCCAACACCAAUACCCGCUUUUUAACCGCAAAACCUUCACAACGGUCAUUAAUGGCGCCCAAAACACUCUCAGCCUUUCUGUCUCCCCUAUCUUUCCCCCACAAUCCCACCAUUUUCAAUCCAAAUCUCCCACAAAUUCCCACAAAAAAACGUUCUCCCGUUUUCUGCAGGUUUUCGCAUCCCCAAAAGAACUACGACAAGUCGCCCGUCUCGGAAAUCGAUUUACCGGAGGGAACCGGAGCCGCCGCUCCGACCCCCGGCGAUCGGUUUCUCGAACGACACCGUUCGUUUGAGGCUGCAAAACUCAUUCUGAAAGAGAACAAGAAUAAUAAUAAUAAUAAGAAGAAAGAUAAGCCCUUGAAGGUCUCGACUGCCGUAGCUUGCUGUUAUGGCUGCGGAGCUCCGCUGCAGACUUCGGAAGUUGAUGCUCCGGGAUAUGUAGACCCUGAGACAUAUGCUUUGAAGAAGAAACACCGUCAGCUUAGACGUGUUCUUUGUGGGAGGUGCAAGCUUCUGUCUCAUGGGCACAUGAUAACUGCUGUGGGUGGAAAUGGAGGUUAUUCUGGCGGGAAACAGUUCAUCACCGCUGAACAGCUUCGUGAGAAGCUAUCCCAUUUGCGCUAUGAGAAAGCAUUGAUUGUUAAAUUGGUCGACAUUGUGGACUUCAAUGGUAGCUUUUUGGCUCGGAUUCGUGAUCUGGCUGGGGCAAAUCCUAUUAUACUUGUUGUUACUAAGGUUGAUCUGCUCCCAAAAGGGACUGAUUUAAAUUGCAUUGGCGAUUGGGUUGUGGAGGCCACUACAAAGAAGAAGCUAAACGUUUUGAGUGUUCAUCUUACAAGUUCAAAGUCUUUGGUCGGGAUAAGUGGAGUUGCGUCAGAGAUUCAAAAGGAGAAAAAGGGGCGGGAUGUUUACAUUCUGGGCUCAGCUAAUGUUGGGAAAUCAGCAUUUAUAACUGCUUUUCUAAAAUUAAUGGGUGAAAAGGAUCCGGUUGCUGCAGCAGCACAAAAAUACAAGCCAAUACAAUCUGCGGUUCCUGGAACUACACUAGGUCCAAUUCAGAUUAAUGCCUUCCUAAGUGGAGGGAACUUAUUUGACACGCCUGGAGUUCAUCUCCACCACAGACAAGCAGCAGUGGUUCAUGCAGAAGAUCUUCCGGCCCUUGCUCCUCAGAGUCGGCUUAGGGGUCAAUCCUUUCCUAAAUCUCGAAUCCUAGCAGAAAAUGGGACAACGGGCAACAAUUUGCCCAAUGGCUUGAACGGUCAUUCAUUGUUUUGGGGAGGUCUUGUCAGAAUAGACAUCUUGAAGGUUCUUCCAGAAACACGCUUAACAUUUUAUGGCCCCAAGAGUCUUCGGCUUCAUAUGGUUCCCACUGAUGAGGCAGAUGAAUUUUACCAGGUUAAAGCACUCGGAGUUCUACUGACGCCUCCAACUGGAAAACAACGAGCAGAUGAGUGGCGAGGGCUUGAAAUAGUGCGUGAAUUACCGAUAAAAUUUGAAGAUGCAGAAAGGCCGGCUUGUGAUGUGGCUAUAUCGGGUUUGGGAUGGAUUGCUGUGGAACCCAUGAGCAAGAUGUCAAGCAAUUCAGAUUCAAGUUCAGAAAAAACUGCGGGCGAACUGCAUUUAGUCGUACAUGUUCCGAGGCCGGUUGAGAUUUUCGUUAGGCCCCCAUUGCCAGUAGGCAAGUAUGGGGCAGAUUGGUACCAGUAUCGAGAGUUAACAGAGAAGGAAGAAGAAACAAGACCAAAAUGGAAUUUUUGAUCAUUGUUGAAUUGCGAUUCGUGUUUGACAUGUAUAUACUCAAUUUUGAUUCUUUU